AUGACCGCGAAUAAGUUUGGCGAUUCGGAGAGAGCAUCGGGUGCUCGUGGUGCCACCAGCGCCUCCGCCUCUAACGAGGAGCGUAAUACGGAAGGACUGAACGAUCCGGAUGGUGCUGGCACGGAUGAAGAAGACGACGAUGAGCAAAUAUUUGGGAAGGAUAAGGGCAGCUCUGUAAAAGGCAGCAUUUUCAAUUUACCACCCAGAUGGCCCACGCGAAUGCUGGCAGUUGCCUGUCUGCGGAAGCUUAUUCUUCUGUGCCACGAGGCCUACACGACCGCGGCUAGCCUCAAGGCUGACUUUCACAAUGCGCCCUUACAAGCCGAUGAAAUUAACUCUCAGGCAUCCGGUUCAAAUCAGCUGGCUCAUUUUGAUCUCGCAUUGGCCCGAAAGCUUCGACAAUCGGCGGGCCCAGCGGACUCUUCUCUGCGCCAAAAAGAUCGCGAGGACUGGCUAGUUCUUCAUCUCCCAGAUCUCAUCAGGAUGGUUUUCAUCUCGGCAACGUGUAGCAUUGAUCAGCUUCGCAUUUUCGGCCUUAUUGCCCUGCGUGAUCUUAUUCGCAGCUUGCUGCAACAGUUCGAGGCCCAGAUAUCGGCGGCCCUGCGUCCUGCCUUUCCAUUGGAGACUGCACAACAACAGCCGUCUACGGGAACCUUCACCAACGCACCCGGACCGGACGUAACUGCUGCCGCAUGCGAGGUCUGCAGUUGCUGGCUCACCUCUGGUGUGGCUAGUGAUGCUGCAGACGUGCUG